GAAUGGCUGGGUCUGAGGAGGUGAAUAAUUCAUAUUUUCUCCCUCUGCCAGUGUGUUUUAAUUGCUACAGUUUGCCGUUUGAAACAAGUAACUGUAAUGUGGUCAAUUACAAGGUGGACAAAGAGAAAAUAAUUGCAUGUGUUUGUAAUGCGAGCUGCAACGAGUAGACAUGAUGACGUCAUGGCUGUCUGGCUUGCCCGCGCUAGUGGGAGGUGUGCGAAGACUCGACCGAGGAAGAAAAAAAAAAACCUCCAACCAACAACGCGCUGAUGGUGCGGGGUCACGAACUAUGACCUUUAACUGCACGAAAACAAAACAAUUAUUUUAUAAAAUUGCCGAGAGCCCCAAUUCUCCGUUCGUCCACUCUUAGAGUCCUCACUAAUGACCUUACAUCAUCAUGACGGCCAGCCUGAAUCUGCUCUCUCAGCAGAAAACAGACUUUGAGCACAAGGCAGAGGUGUCAUUGUCCGCCACUGUCGGUGAUGAGUCAGUCACCUCAGCGCUUUCAGGUUGUUUCUCGUGAGGCUUCGGCAACGUCACAGCAGAUACAGAUUGUAACUGAGCAGAAGACGGGUCCGAAGAUUCAGAUUGUGACAGUCAUGAACCCUUCUAGCGCUCCCAAGCAGCGAUUCAUUUUGACCACAGCUGAUAGCUCCGGGGCAGGCAAGGUUAUUCUGACCUCUGCAGACAACCACAACACCAAGCAGCUCAUCUUUACUUCUGCAGACAGCCUGAUGCCCGGAAGGAUACAGAUUGUCACAGAUCCAUUGUCAGUGGAGCAGUUACUUGGGCAACCCGGUGAUUUGAGUCGGGCACAGACAGUGGAGUACUGCGUGGUGUGUGGAGACAAGGCUUCAGGCCGUCACUAUGGAGCCAUGAGUUGUGAGGGCUGCAAAGGUUUCUUCAAGCGGAGCGUGAGGAAAAACCUGACCUACAGCUGCCGCAGUAAGCAGGACUGCGUGAUCAACAAGCACCACCGCAACCGCUGCCAGUUCUGUCGGUUGAAGAAAUGCCUUGACAUGGGAAUGAAGACUGAGUCUGUUCAAAGUGAAAGGAAGCCUGUUGAGAUCGUGCCCAAAGAGAAGCAUGUCAACUGUGCUGCCUCCACCCAGAAGAUCUACAUCCGUAAGGAUAUUAACAGUCCGCUCAUCGCCACGCCAACGUUCAUCUCAGACACAGAGACAAAUGACUCCAGAUCAAGCAUGCCGGACCAGGGGAUGCUGGUUAACAUCCAGCAGCCUGUCAUGUCCAGUGACGGAACGCUGCUGUUGACGACUGACUCAAAGAUGGAGUCCAGCCAUGGCGACUUGGGGACGCUGGCGAAUGUGGUGACAUCACUGGCCAACCUGAGUGACUCAUUGAAGCAGAACUUGAAAAAUGGAGAUUCAUCAGAGCGCCAAUAUGUGGAGAAUAACACUACGGAAAUAACACGUGCCUUUGACACCCUGGCCAAAGUGCUCAAUCCACCCGAAGCGGUCGUGGCUGAUAAGUGUGUUAGCGGAACAGCCUUUCAACUCAUUGGCCGAGAUCAGGAAACAACAAUCAUUGAGGUUGAAGGGCCGCUGCUCACAGAUGGCCAUGUCGGCUUUAAGCUGACCAUGCCCAGUCCCAUGCCUGAGUACCUGAAUGUGCACUACAUCUGUGAAUCGGCCUCCAGGCUCCUCUUCCUCUCCAUGCACUGGGCACGAUCCAUCCCUGCCUUCUCAGCUCUCGGUCAGGAAGCAAACACCAGUUUGGUGCGAGCCUGCUGGAAUGAGCUGUUCACUCUGGGUCUUGCUCAGUGCGCUCACGUGAUGAACCUGGCCACCAUCCUGGCUGCCAUCAUCAACCACCUUCAGAGCAGCAUCCAGGAUGACAAGAUGUCAGGGGAGAGAGUGAAGCAGGUGAUGGACCACAUCUGGAAGUUCCAGGAGUUCUGCAACAGCAUGACCAGGUUGGAGACCGAUAGCUAUGAGUACGCCUACCUGAAGGCCAUCGUGUUGUUCAGUCCAGAUCACCCAGGUAUGGACUGCAGUAGGCAAGUGGAAAGGUUUCAAGAGAAAGCCAUGAUGGAGCUGCAGGACUAUGUACAGAAGACAUAUCCAGAGGACACAUACAGGUUGACUCGUAUCCUGACUCGUCUGCCAGCACUGCGCCUCAUGAACUCCAACAUCACAGAGGAGCUCUUCUUCACUGGCUUGAUCGGGAACGUUUCCAUUGACAGCAUCAUUCCCUACAUCCUCAAGAUGGAGACGACCGAGUACAGCAGCCAGGACGCUGACCCCACAGACUGACAACCUCAAGAAAUGGCCACUUCAGGUACUCUGGUGUCCCUCCAGGGUUGUUUGUUGAAGCCCUGAUGGGGUGUCCUGCAGUGGCCUCGUUUUCUGUAGUCACGAUUUACAAGUCCCUCUGGGUUUAUAGACAUAGCUAAUAGAAAAGCUAAUGCCAUGUCAACCUAAAUUGGUCUUAUUGGAUUAUUCUUUCACUAUAAUGACAUGCAUGCCUCAUUGAAAAUGAGGUUCAUGAAAUAUGAUAUUUAAAUUUCCCCCCAUCCCUGCAUUUGAAAUGUACUUUAUUAUUUGUGUAGUACAUACUGGUAUGCAAUACCUGGUACUGUGCAGUUUUUUUUUGUGGCGUUAUGUAAUAAGGAAUAGAAAUAUGCAUUGCAAUGCCUUUUACUCGUGUGUUUUAUGUUGAAUACAUGGAACUAACAACUGGAAAGAGAACAUCCAUCAGGUACUCGAAUCUACUCAAUGUAACAGCAGCAGACCUCAGUCUAAGUGUAAGUAAAGUGCUUUAAUGGCUCAUUUAUGUGAUUAGUUCAUGUAUUUAUUCCAUAUUGUACUUCUAGCUUUCUCUCACACAAUAAGCCAAAUGAGCAGAUUAGAUUGUCUUUAUGUAUUUUUUUUUAUUUCUAUAAGAAAGUUAAGAUGUUUUUUGUUGUUUUUAUGUUUAUGUACACUUUUUAUUUGUGGCCUACCUUGAAUAUUUUGAUGAUAUCCUGUGCAAUCACCUCAUCACUUUUCCCUUUAUGACAAUCAUUUGUUUACUCCCGAGCUCAUCAGUGUCGCUCUCUUUUUUUAUUUAUCAAAAACAUAUUGUUUUUUUUAACAAGUAUUACAUACAUAUUUUGGUGUUUGUAUUUGUACUGUGCUCAGUACACGUCAGUCAACUUGAGUGGUGUUCACUCGCAUCCAUUCGGACUAAAUUGAACCUUUGUGUUUUUUUUAAUGUUUUCUGAAACAACUUUGCUUGUUGCAUACUAAGUGUACUUAAAACAAUUUUGGGCGGGUAUCCCUAAUUUUAAGAGUAAAAGAAAAAAGGAAAUAUUUCCUAGGAAACAAGACUGUAUUGCAUUGUCCUGAGGACUUUAUAUGCAGCAGCUUCAAGCUUGUAUAACGAUUGAUAGAAAAUGUAUCCAUGAAUGAGAAUGGGAAUCCAAAUAAGUGAAAUGAGUUUGUAAUGUGGAAUAUGUUCAUUGUAAUUUGGGUUGAACCCCAUUUCAACAGUUUGUAAAGUUGUAUGUGGAAAUUUAACUUUUACAUGUAAUUUCAUUAAGAUGAGUGCAUGUUUGUUUUUAAGCAAUUUUAUAAUGUUCUUGCAGUCUGCCCUAUUAAUCAACAUUUUUAUAGUGCAUUGCCGUGCAUGAAGAAGUGGCUAAUUGCAUUUUAUUAAAUGCUGUAUGGAAAAACGUUGGAUUAAAUGUUGUGACUUUAACAUAUUACAAUGAACACCUCCACUUUUGAACAUAUUUGAGAUUUUUUUUUUCAUCUUUGCGGUUUGACUAUUCCAGGGUUAACCGUUUCUACAGUGUAUGUUCUGAUUUUUUUUUUUUGCUCACGUGUUAGUUCAAAAUGAGUCAUUUUUUGACCAAGAUUAAUUGCAACUUUACAUGUCUACCUCACAGACGAAAAAUGUAUUAACUGAACUCCUGUAUUAACAUUCCGGUCUCUGAGGCUGGCUUCGUCAAAGCCACACAUAUGAAAGAAAAU